AUGCACCGAACGGAGCUUUCUUAUUGCACUGCUUAUAUACUGUGUUAAGAAUUUGUACAUGGUUACAUUUGACAAUUACUUAUAUUUAGCUUCAGAUUCAUUUCGAUUUUAUAAUUUAACCCUCACAUAAGGAUCUCUCAUACUCCUUCAUCAUGGAUAAGAAGACAGUGAUUCAGAUGUUGCAAACUGACUUCGUUCGCAUUCAUAAAGAGUCAGAAGAAAUUUCAAAGACUGUGCAGGAUAUGAAGCAGGAAGCACUGGAUUAUAUAAAUGCUUUACUUGGACAAAUAACAUCAACAGGCACAACUUCACUGCUUGCCAAAACUCCAAAAGUUCCAAAGAAAAGAGCUACCAGAAUUAAAGCUAUUCCAGAAAAUGACGAAAUGGAAAUGUCUGAUGAUGGCAACAGUUUGUGUAAUUCAACGAGUACCAGAUCUUCUCGACUGAAUAGUUUAGCUUUAGAAACAUCAGAAAUCACAUCUGGUAGAUCGAAAAGAGGAGCAUCCAUUAAAGCAGCAGAUAUAAUUAAGAAGCAACAAGCAGUAUCAUUAAAUACAAAAUUAAGAAGGCCAUCUAAUGAAGGGAGUGACUUGCCAGUUGUAGAAAGGAUUAUCAAGGAAAGUCGCUCAAAGAGGCCAAAAGAUUCAAAUAGUUCAGAAGAUGAAGAUACAAGACCAGCAAAACAAAGCAAGAUUACCAGAAAAAAGACUCAGUCUAAAGUUAAUGAUGAGACUCAUAAUCUGACUGAAGAUUUCUUGCGACUGUCCAAAAUAAAUGAAACUCACAUCAAUCAAGAGAAUCAAAUAAGAGCUUCAGUCAAACGUAAACUUGAUGACCACGAUGAAGAUGCUAACACAACUAUAAAAUCUGAACAAUCAGCUAGAAAAAGCUCAUUGACUAAUGACGAACCAUCUGCUAAAAAGGCCAAUUACUCAAAAUUCUCUCCAGAAAAGCUAAGUGCAAGUAAAGAUAAAACAAUUUCCAUUGAAAAUAUAAAAUCAAUUAAAAAAAACACUAGAUCAUCUUCCUCAAUUGAUGUUAAGAAUUCAACAAAAGUUAAUAAUAUUAUUAAUGAAACAUUAGACAUGAGUAAUGUCAACGAGACAAUAGCUUCAAUGUAUGAGGAUGCAAUUAAUAAACCAAUUCCAAUUAUGAACUCAACAAUGAAUCCAAAUACCACUGUAACAUUAGACAAGAUUAUAAAUGUAACUGUUUCACUUGAACGUUUGCCAAGUACAAAAGUACUCAAUGAGACUGUCACUAUCAACAAGAUUUCAACAAAGGAUCCUCUCUUACAAGUGAACAACACUACAAAAAAAAUAAUUGAAGAUAAGGUCAUUGAGGAUAAACCAACAGUACCAUCUAUUAAAGCAAAACACGAAUCUAAAAUUCCUACAAUUUUAAAAGCUCAAAGAGAUGAGAAAAUAGGAAAGUUUAAUGACCUUAUUACAGAUGACGAGUCAUCACCUGAAAGGAAAGAAUACAAAGUUCAGAAAGAAAAAAUUUUGAAGCAACAGAAGCGAGUAACAAGAUCUAAUGCUUCUAUGACAAGUGAUGAAGAUGAAGUUCAGCGUACUCCAGUGAGAAUGAAUCAGAAUUCAAAGAACAAAGAUUUAAGAGGAUCCACGUUAAAAUCUACUUAUAAACAAGCAGCUUUGUUUAGCCCAUAUGCCAAAGAUUCUGUCAAAAAAAGAGUGGAGGCUUUUGAACAAGUUACUGUCAGUCCACAACAAUCAGAAACAGCAACAAGAGUCACAAGAACGAAAACUCGCGCUCUGGCUGCAGCCACAGAACCACCUCCCUUAACCGUUGCUCAAAAACUAGCCAGAAAAUCAUUGGCUAAGGCUAAAAAAAUUUCCCUUGCAAAACAUGCGAAAGAUAACGAUGAUACAAAAGAGAAUGAAAACACAAACAUUGUCAAGCCAACAAAGUCAAGUUCUUCGGAAAAAUCAGCUCAAAAACCAAGUGGGAAAACCACACCACUAGGAAAAACUCGGAUACAAAUGCCCAGUUCUGUUACCAAAAAUACUUAUGCAACACCUUCGAAUUCUCAGUAUUUAAGUGCCUACUCGAAACCUACGACGGGCAGUCGGGGAAAUAUUGUUACACACGUUGAUUCUUUUAUACAGUCCUCCAGCACAUCGGCAUCUAAACAGAUAGACAGAGUAGCUGAGGAAAAAAGAAGAAGAGCACACGAAGAGGAUGCACGACGAAAGCGCGAAGAACUGUUAAAAGCUCAAGCUGAAGAAAAGAAACGGAAACGCGAAGAAAAAGAAUUGAAGAACAAAUUAGCAAGAGAAGCGAAGGAAAGACAGGAGCAGGAAAAAAGAUUAAAAGCUGAAAGAGAAAGGGAAGAAAAAGCUAGAUUAGCGCAACAGAUGCAAGAAAAGCAGAAAGAGGAAAUGGAAAGGAAGCGUAUAGCGCAACUUCAAAGAGCUCAGGAAAAAGAAGAGAGGAGAAAACAAGAAGAAUUAUUACGCUUGCAACGUUUACAAGAACAAGAGGAACAAGAAAGGUUACUUGCUGAACAGAAACGUCGAGAACUCGAAAUGGAAAAACGCAAGCAAAUGGAAAUGAGACAACAAAUGGCUGAAAUGAAACAUCAGAAAAAUCAGAUGGAAAAAGCCUUACUUUUGGCUAAGGCCAAGGCUCAAAAGCAGGCGCCAUGUAACUACAAAAUGGAUAGCGAUCCAGAUGAAGAAGAGUCAGAGGAUGAAAGCAAGCCCAAACAUCAAAUUCCUUAUUGGGCAUCAAAGAAUGCUCGGCAACCACAACUGGCGAUGCAGCAACAUGUUCCAUGGAGGACAGUAUUAAGGUUUUUCGACGCGAAAAAGUGUACGCCGGAUCUAAGAGAUCUAUUUCAGGGUAUUGACCCUAGAAAACUGAAACGAUCAUCCAGUGCCAUUUGGAAAACUCCACCGCGAUAUUCCAUGAUGAAUUGCUCGAUCAUCAAAGAUUGAAGCAAACUUUGUAUUCUUAAUGAAACUUUUGAUUUAGUAAAACCUGUAUUUACUCUAGUAUUUAUAAAUGUCGCCGAAAUCGUUUAUGUAAAUAAAUAUUGCUUGAAUCUA